AUGAAUAACAAUCACAUCAUUCCAAUUUAACUAAUUUAACAGCUUAGAUUACCAAUACGUAAUAAAGAUUACAACACUUCUUUGUCAUCAUUUAAUUAAUUACUUGACUAAGUUGAACAAUAUUUAAGAGUUUUCAAUCAAUAAAAUUUAGAACAAAUAAAGAUCGUAUUUGGAAUGAUAUUAGAAGUAUUGCAAAUUAUUAUUGAGAUAGGAUUUAGAUUUCUUACAAUUGAAGCCUAUAAUUUAAAUUUGGAGAAUCAACUUUACUGAUCUAUUUUUGAAUACAUUUAGCUUAUCCUUUGCAAAAGCACUUUGCAUAUAUUUUGUAUCAUUAAGCGAGUGUAGUCAAAUAUUUAAAACACCAAUAUUUAAUGAAAUAUCUAAAUAGAUCUGUUAGAUUUUUUGCAUUCUUUGUUGGGAUAGAGACAUUUCAGAUGAAAUUAGACAUUCAAAAUGUUUAAGAUCCUUAAUUCGAAUGCUUAGAGUGAAUUGUACAGAAGAUCUAUUAGCUUGCCUUGUUAUUGUAACAAAAAACAGCAAGAAUUCUGAAUACAUGACUAUAAAAAAGAGUUAAGAUUAAUUACUAUAACUCUUUAGAAAUAAUAUCAAUAGGGAUCUAGUAUAAUUAAUUAUAGCCAAUAUGUGUUUUAAUAAUGAUCAAAGAUUACUUUUUUGGUGUUAGGGAAUAUUAUAAGUAAUAAAACUUACAUUAGAUGCUCCAUCUUUAACUUUAAUUUGGAAAUUAUUAUAUGAUUGUCCUGAAGUCAUUGAUGAAUUACUCAAAUAUGCUGAAUUUUUCAAUCAUUUAUAUAAAUAAAUUAAUACUAUUAAUGAGGAAUGUGCUUUAAUGAUAGGUAUAAUCAGGAAAAUCUGUGAAAAUAAUGAAUAAUAUAAAUCAUUACAUAUUGAAAGCAUUGUUAAUGUUUUUAGUAAUUUCCUUGAAAACAAUUAAAUACAAUAACCUAAGUAUGACUAAUUGCAUCCAUCAAUAAGAUAAUUUAUUUUCAAAGAACUAUUCUCUUUUUUUGGAAUUGUUGGAAAUUAAUUUAUUUAACCUUAAAUAAUACCUCACAUUAUUAGUUUGAUAUAUUAAAAUAGUAAUGACAAUAGAUUACUGACUGUUGGAAUAGGUAUGUUGACUAAUCUAAGUACUUAUUCAUAGAUUUUAUAUAUAAUCUAAAAUGACAAAUUAUUUUAUUAGAUAAUUCUACAAAUUUUAGAACAAUAUUAUGACAAACAGUAAUUGAUAGAAUAUACAUUAAAACUAAUGAUUAAUACUUUAACUAAUUAAAUCAUUUCUAUUUAAUAUGCUUAGCCUAGAUUUAUCAUGAAGCUAUUCUUUAUUUGGCAUGUGAAUCCUGACAAUAUUUCAGUCAACAAUCUAAUUAUUCGAGUAUUAAGAGGUUUAUACGUUAUUACAAAUGCCAAUGCUUAAAUUUUAAGCUAAUGCAUAAAUGAAUUAUAACAAAGAAAUAACACAUUUGAUUUUGUUGAUCUUUGUUCAUUUACAAUCAACUCAAAUUUAUCAUAAAAUAAACUUGAGAAUGUUGUUGAAGUAAUACUCAAAUUUUAUAUUAGAUUUAUAUGCUCAUAUCAAUUAUUCCUGAUCUUAAGUUAAAUAAUAUAAGGUUUUAGAAUACAAUUAAAUAAUAUGUUGAAACCAUGAGAGCAAAAGGAGAAUUAAAAAAGGCUUUAUAAGCAGUAUCUCACUUACCAAUAGAAGAUAUUGGAUUACAAUUCUGAA